AUGGCGGGUCGGCAGUCCGUCAACCUGGCGGCGGCGGUGGUCUUGGGGCUUGUGUGCAUCUCCCUGCUUGUGGGGCUCUGCAGGGCCGAGGAUCCGGUCGUCUUCUUCGACUGGGACGUCUCCUACAUCACCGCCGCUCCACUGGGCGUCAAGCAGCAGGUGCAUCUACUUACCACUUUCAGAUCUCCCUCUCUGGAUCUACAUUCUUCGUCACGACUUCUUCACGUUCCGAUGCGAUGGUUUUCCUGAACUCUGUGAUCGUUGACUCGGUCUUCGUCUUCUUUAUCCCACCUUUUCGUUCCUAUUUCCUGCUCAUUUCUAAUUUUCUUUUCCUGCUAUGUUUUUGUCGCCUGAUUUUGUCCUCGAUGUCGUUCUCCACUGGCAUCUCGCAUAGCAGAUCUGUGAUCUGCAAUGGAUUAAAAGCCUAUACCGCGUUUAAGACCACCUAUACCGCGUUUGGCUUCGAUGCGACCACCAACUUUUUGCGCUAUCUACCUUUUCUGGCCAGCGUUAGAUGACGUUGACGCCAGCUUUGCCGCCCCAAUGGGAGCCAUGUGGUCGCAUUGACUCUCUCUACCUUACUUAUUUAUGUUUUCUUUACGAUCGAUUAAAUUAUUUGCAGUGUAAUCUCUGCUUCUGCCUUUCAAAUUCUCUUGAUCCCUCGCGGCCUUGUCACCUUGCUUGAUUGAUUUCAGGUGAUCGCCAUCAAUGGUCAGUUUCCUGGUCCCAUCGUGAACGUCACCACGAAUUACAACCUGGUUGUGAACGUGCAGAAUGAUCUCGAUGAGCCUCUUCUCAUAACCUGGUAUAUUAACUUUUUUAAAUCUCGUUUGACGAUGUGAUCAUCCUCUCUGAGAUUUAUUGACAUUUUGCUGGUUAAUAGGGAUGGGAUUCAGCACCGGAAGAAUUCUUGGCAGGACGGCGUGCUAGGGACGAAUUGCCCAAUUCCUUCGGGUUGGAACUGGACUUAUCAGUUCCAGGUGAAGGACCAGAUUGGGAGUUUCUUCUAUUUUCCUUCUAUCAACCUUCAAAGGGCUGCUGGAGGUUAUGGUGGGAUUAUUGUGAACAACAGGCAAGUUAUCGCUGUACCCUUUGGUAAACCUGAUGGGGACAUUACCAUCUUCGUUGGUGACUGGUACAACAGAAACCACACGGUCAGUUGGGCUUCUAUUUUUGCCAUUUCCUGUCACUGCUUAUCUGAUGAAUUUUUUAAAUGUAUAUGUAAUUAUUUUGAAAUUAUUCCGUUAUUCAGGAUUUAAGGAAGGCCCUUGACAAUGGGAAGGACCUCGGGAUGCCAGAUGGUGUUCUGAUUAAUGGAAAGGGGCCUUAUCGAUACAACACGACUCUUGUUCCAGAUGGCAUUGACUACGAAACUAUUAAUGUUCAUCCAGGUAGCUUACUCUUUUGUGCUGAUUUUCAUUCCCUUCUCUUUUGAAUCCCAUGGCUUUUUACCGCCCCUUGGUUGUAAAAUCUGGGAAAAUAUAUGCCUUUAUUACCAUAUAAUCAGAACUAUUAUGCUAAUGAUGUCAAUUAAUUUAAAAACUCCUGCAAAACUUGAAAGACUUGUGUCCUGGUACCUCUUGAUGGGCUACUAGAUCAGCCAAAUGGAAGUUCUGGAGCUUAGAUAGAAAGGUUGUAUUGCAGGACCGAACUAAAAUUCAUCUGUCAGGGGAAAUGGCCCUGUGAGUAGCUAAUCUUUGACCUCCACAUCUGCUUCUGUUUGAAACUGGUUUUGCGUCGUUCAUAGUACACGUGCGCCAUUCAGACAAGAUAGUGCUUUUCUCUUUGCCUUUCUCUCUUUUUGUCGACUUUGGAUCUCCAAGCCAAGGGGUUUUAUUCUCUUAGGAAAACAGGGUAGAAGUAAGGUGCCUUUUCCCAUUCUGAUGUCUUGAUACUUGCUGCUUGUUAUGAACGAACAAAGCAUUUGUUUACUUGUCUGAUUUACCGCCAUUCAAACAGGGAAAACUUAUCGCAUUCGUGUGCACAAUGUGGGAGUUUCUACCAGCCUGAAUUUCAGAAUUCAGAACCACAAUAUGUUACUUGUGGAGACGGAAGGAUCAUACACUGUGCAACAAAAUUUUACCAACUUAGACAUUCACGUUGGCCAAUCCUACUCUUUCUUAGUGACUAUGGAUCAGAAUGCCAGCAGCGAUUACUAUAUUGUCGCCAGUGCAAGGUUUGUGAACGAGUCAAUUUGGAGAAGGGUCACAGGUGUCGCCAUACUGCGCUACUCAAAUUCCAAGGGCAAGGCGUCUGGUCCACUCCCAGAGGGCCCUUAUGAUCUCUUCGACAAGACAUUUUCCAUGAAUCAGGCCAGAUCUAUCAGGUCCGUAUGCCAUUCCUAUAGCACUGUACAUUGCAGAACUUCUCCAGUUUCCUCUGCCAUAUUUUUUUUCUUUUCCUUUUCUUUGUUCUUCUGAAGUUCAUCCAUGUCUUGUCACAACCUCUUGAUUUCCUUGUUUCAUCUCAUAUUUCUUGGCCAAAAUAACAUGAAAUGCCAUAUUUUUCGUCUUGAUCACCACCCCCCUUCGAUGAAUAUUUCAGGUGGAAUGUAAGCGCUGGCGCUGCCCGUCCCAACCCUCAAGGAUCUUUCAAAUAUGGAUCGAUCAAUGUGACCCAAGUUUAUCUCUUGAGGAAUAAACCCCCAGUUGUCAUAAAUGGAAAGCGACGAACCACACUGAACGGCCUCUCGUAUGUGCCACCGACGACUCCACUACGGCUCGCCGACCAGUUUGAUGUGAAAGGCGUAUAUGCUCUCGACUUCCCCACAAGGCCGAUUGUAGGACCCCCUCGGACCUCAUCGUCUAUAAUUAAUGGCACAUACAGGGGAUUCAUUGAAAUCAUAUUCGUGAACAAUGACACAACGGUCCAGACCUACCACAUGGAUGGAUACGCCUUUUUUGUCGUCGGGUAGUAGCCGACCAUUAUCUUCAAUGUUCUUCAAGACCGUCGCCAUUCCUUUACGCUGCUAAGCAUUCAAUCUUACAUCAAUUUCAGGAUGGACUAUGGAGAAUGGACGGAGAGCAGCCGAGGCACAUACAACAAGUGGGAUGGUGUUGCAAGAUGCACGACUCAGGUGCGUCCAUGGUGGUGAAUUCUCUCGAUUUGCCAAGAACAUUCUCCUGUUUUGUUGGAAAGGAUGAAAACAAAAAUAUGCUUGACCAACAUGGCUGAAACCAAAACCAUACUCGUAUUGCACAUGUUUACUGAUUGCUCUCUCCAGUGUGAGGCCUGGUGGAUCUCUUUCUAGCUGUUGAGUAGUCAACGCUAGCUGUCGGGUCAAUGAAUUUCUCUCAAUUGCCGAAUUUUAUCAUGUUUACUGAUUCCUCUAGUCAAUGGGUGCCUUGUGGAUCUCUCCUGUUCGUUGACUGAUCUACAGUUCUCUGCUUAUAAAAUCAGAACCAGUGGUCCGAUCUAAUCAUAUUCAUUGAUUCCCCCCCUCACCAAUGCCUGCUCUAUGGAUCUCUCUCUCUCUCUCUCUCUACGCGUUGACUGAUCAGAUUAAUGAACUUCUCUGCUGAUUCGAUCUCCAUCUGGCAGGUUUACCCGGGAGCAUGGACCGCGAUCCUGGUCUCCCUGGACAAUGUGGGUGUGUGGAACGUGCGCACCGAGAACCUCGACACGUGGUACCUAGGCCAGGAGACGUACAUUCAGGUAGUGAACCCGGAGCAGACCAACAAGACCGAGCUGGCCCCUCCCGACAACGUCCUCUAUUGCGGCCUCCUCCAGUCUAAGCAGAAGUAA